UCGUUCCAAAGCCUUCGUGCAAAUGGAUCCCUCGGGCUCCAUGACUCAGCCACAGGCCAGGACAGCAGUUCAUCAACAAGCCUGCCAGCACCAAUGCCAGAGGAUAAGGGAAGAGCCACAGCAUGGAAAAGACAAGAAGGAAGUGUUGAGAGUGCAGUUUCCACCCAUCACUCAAACCCUCUAGGAUAUCAGGUAGGAGAGGACCACUGUUGUAAAGGCACUGCAUAGAAGAUGUUUUGAGAAGUGUUUCAGAGAAACUUCAAGCCACUGAAGAUGGAAAAUGAAACAGUAAGUGAACUCAACCAAACAGAGCUUCAGCCACGAGCAGUGGUGACCCUGGAAUACCAAGUGGUCACCAUCUUACUUGUGCUCGUUAUUUGUGGCCUGGGCAUCAUAGGCAACAUCAUGGUGGUCCUGGUGGUCAUGAGAACCAAGCACAUGAGGACCCCCACAAACUGCUACCUGGUGAGUCUGGCAGUAGCUGAUCUCAUGGUCCUGGUGGCCGCGGGCCUCCCCAACAUAACAGACAGUAUCUACGGCUCCUGGGUCUACGGCUAUGUGGGAUGCCUCUGCAUUACUUACCUCCAGUACCUGGGUAUUAAUGCAUCCUCUUGUUCAAUCACAGCCUUUACCAUUGAGAGGUACAUAGCGAUCUGUCACCCCAUCAAAGCCCAGUUUCUCUGCACAUUUUCCAGAGCCAAAAAGAUCAUCAUCUUUGUCUGGGCUUUUACAUCCAUUUACUGUAUGCUCUGGUUCUUCUUGCUGGAUCUCAAUAUUAGCACCUACAAAGAUGCUAUUGUGGUGUCCUGUGGCUAUAAGAUCUCCAGAAAUUACUACUCACCUAUUUACCUAAUGGAUUUCGGUGUCUUUUAUGUUGUGCCAAUGAUCCUGGCCACCGUCCUCUAUGGAUUCAUAGCUAGGAUCCUCUUCUUAAAUCCUAUUCCUUCAGAUCCUAAAGAAAACUCUAAGACAUGGAAAAAUGACUCUACCCAUCAGAACAAGAAUUUGAAUUCAAAGGCCUCUAAUAGAUGUUUCAAUAGCACAGUAUCUUCACGGAAGCAGGUCACGAAGAUGCUGGCAGUGGUUGUAAUUCUGUUUGCCCUUUUAUGGAUGCCCUACAGGACUCUUGUGGUUGUCAACUCAUUUCUCUCCAGUCCUUUCCAAGAAAAUUGGUUCUUGCUCUUUUGCAGAAUUUGCAUUUAUCUCAACAGUGCCAUCAACCCAGUGAUUUACAAUCUCAUGUCCCAGAAAUUCCGUGCAGCCUUCAGAAAGCUCUGUAACUGCAAGCAGAAGCCAGCGGAGAAACCUGCUAACUACAGUGUGGCCCUAAAUUACAGUGUCAUCAAGGAGUCUGAUCACUUCAGCACGGAGCUUGAUGAUAUUACUGUUACCGACACUUAUUUGUCUGCCACCAAAGUGUCUUUUGAUGACACCUGCUUGGCCUCUGAAAUAACCUUUAGCCAAAGUUGAGUCAUAACUUAAAAGGAAAUGGACCGCAAAGUAAAUGAGAAUCUGUGCUGUUAUGCCCAAGAGAGGAAACGGUCAAUACUCAUAUAAAAAUACAGAACAGAUAAAGAUUUUGCCAAUGCUCUAACAAA